AUGGCUCCAUCUACCACCAGAAAGCAAAAGAUCACCAAGACCUUCACUGUCGACGUUUCUGCCCCAACUGAGGGUUCCGUGUUCGUCCCAGCCAACUACGCUAAGUACUUGAUCGACCACAUCAAGGUUGACGGUCACUUGGGUAACUUGGGCAACGCUGUGUCUGUGGAGCAGAACGACUCUGUUGUGACCGUUGUCUCCACCGCCAAAUUCUCCGGUAAGUACUUGAAGUACCUAACCAAGAAGUACUUGAAGAAGAACCAAUUGAGAGACUGGAUCAGAGUCAUCUCGGUGAGAACCAACGAGUACAAAUUGGCCUUCUACCAAGUCACUCCAGAGGACGAGGAAGACGAAGAGUAA